AUGUCUGAUCGACCCAAGACCUCGAGGCACUCACGCCAGGCAAAGCAACCGAAAAAUGCGAAGCAGAAUGAGCAGGCGCAGGCAACCCCUUCCAAGCCGUCCGAGACGCCGAAAUUGGCGAAGAAGCCGGAACAGGUUGGAAAGGCGCAGCAAUCCACAGAGGGAGAGCAACAACAGCCGCAGAUGCCCAAUGUCGAGGAUGUUUGGACUGAAGCUCAGAAGAUCCGCAAACUCCUGAGCUCGCAGGUUUCGAAGCUCCGACGUGAGGGGGAUGUGAGCAAACAUUCCACGUUACGAGAAGUGGGCCGAGAUCCUUGCUCGUUUCAAGUUUGCGCCUGCUCUGCGUGCAGGACCCUCUUCAUGGACUACAUCUAUGCCGCCAAAGAAAAUGUCGAGGAGACUCUUUGGCAGGCGCACGUUUUGGUCAACAGUGAGUAUCGCAAUUCACUCAACCGAGUCCGAACAGCCCAGCUCGCAGUGCUUAAGAGCAAGCUCGAGACGCCCUACGUCCGGUUCCUCAAGCUUUCCCAGCGCUUCUACGAGGAAUACAUCCGGCGCCUUGCCAAUCGGUACGGCAUUCCUGAGUUGCAGGUGGCUGCUAAACGCAUUUUGUCCGAACAAAAGGAUGCCGAAGACUCAAACAGCGGUAAUGGCGGGAAGGACUGCACCAAUGAUGUCCCGUCAUCGAUCCGUCUCAUGGCCCUCCAUUCUUGCUACAUGACUCUCAUCCGCCUAGGCGAUUUGGUUCGGUACCGACUCCAGGUCCGCCAUAACAAGAAGCCCAGUAACUAUCUGGCUUUGACUUAUUACGAACUUGCUCACGAUCUUAAGCCGACCGUGGGCCACGCUCACCACCAGAUGGCCAUCAUAUACCUGGAUGAGAAGCGUGACUUUGACAUUGUCUACCACUUUUUCCGGUCUCUCGCUAUCGAAGAACCCCAUCCACGCGCUACCAACAACCUCGAGCUCCAGUUUAAGGCAACCCUCAGCUCUGUCAAGUCUGGCAUGCCCAAACAAUCCGGCCCUUACGAUCCUCUCAUGAUGUGGUUCCUCAGGCUUCAUGCCUAUUGUUACCGUGGAGAGCCUUUCCCCCAGCAGCGUGAGCUGGAGGCUGAGGUCAUCCAUCGCCUCGAUGCCGCGAUUAGAGAUCCUGACGCAAGCGCGAUGCUUCUGAAGAUGGUACUUAUCAAUAUGGCCGCCUACUAUGUGGCUACACAGUCGGUCAAGGGUAGGUUGAAAGAUCCAGUGACACUUGCGAGUGUGAAUGCUUACACGAGCCUAGAAAACGAGGCCUCACUCUACCCGAAGACUAUCUUGCGCCUCAACUUCCUCUUCUUUGGCACUGUUUUGAACAUCUUCAAGACAGAGCUGGAGACCUUGAAGGUUGAGCGCAUGGACUGGGAGGACACACAUGCCGGUAAGGAUUCGUCGGACAACAACAGCACGCGGCCCCAGUCGACUCCCACAGAGCUUGUGAUCCUGCCGCUCGUGCGCCUAUACACAUCUUGGCUCGUUGCCUGUCGUGCCGAAGUUGGCAUAGCCUCACCGAAUGUGCCCGUUGAGCAAGUCGGGAAGCUGCUGGCUGAAUGCCUUAGCCUCAUCGCUGAGCUGCACGGCGGCGACGGCUUGAGCCUUGCACCCCACAUGCUUCCGGAAGACCACAUGGCCAUUGGCCUUCUCCCCCUCAACGAUCCGACACUUGAACCGAGAUGCCGUUUAUCAUUCAACCAAGAGCUCAACGUGGUGAAGCCCUUGUGUGACUACUACGAUGGCAAACUUUUGGAAGGCUGGGAGGCUGGCCUUGCCCGUAUGCUGGAUAUCCUUCUCUGUGGCUAUGCCUUGACCGAGGAUCCAGCCCUUCCGUUCGCUUUCCAUGAGGAUCGACUUGUCUUCACCUACGGUGGAGACGUUUCGACCACGCAGAAGCCUCAAGCCUCUCCUCAGCAGUACGGCGUCCAAGAGCCCUCUCAGUCAGCUGAAUACGUCAAGAAUCCCGAGAGCGUAAGACAGCCUGCAGCUGGUGACGGCCAACCUUCGCUUGAGGUGGCCCCGAAUGACGCCAGCAGCAAUCCAGUCAAGGGUUCAAAUAUAGCGCACGAGAGUGGCCGCAACGGGCACGUCAGUGCCAAUCGCUACGGCCCAGAUACAACGCACAUUCAGCCAAAGAACGCAGCCACGAACACAACUGAAUAUGACUUCAGCGAGAACAGCGAGGUCAUGAAUAUGGUAAACGAUUUUAUGCAACCUCCGGAUGCUCACUCAGCCAUGGACAACUUCCCUGCGUCUGCUCAACAGGAAUACGAUGAUUCUUCCUAUGGAAUGCACUCUGCCACUGCUAACGAAGUCUUUGGCGGGGAGCAGCAGUUCUUCUCGCACGAAGGACACUUUCCUGGAUCGAGCAUGGCAUUCUCGCAAGCCAGCAGCCUCUUUCAGAGCACACCCUACAACUGGGAUCCUAAGUUCGGCCCCCUCACGGCCUUUGGCCGCGGCAGCCUCCAGGGCACGGAUGAUCCGACGCACUACAAAAACCUGAUCAGGAGCAGCGCCAACGAGACAGACGCCUACGCUGGCACCUACGACCAGAUGGUCCUUCAGGCUGCGCGGAAAGGCGGCGACGACGACGAAGGCCAACGUCGCGCUCGCUAG